AUGAGAAGUUUACAAUAUCUUAUUUUUCCAUUCCUUUAUAAAUCUUCAUUGCUUAAAUUAUCUAGUCAGAGUCGAUAAGAUUCUUAUUCAAAAGUCUAUAACAAUGAGAAAUAAUACAAGAUUGAGUAAGAAUUUCCAAAAUAUUUAUAAGACCAGAAACAAUAGUCUUCAGUGGAAACUCUAAUACUGCUUUGGCCAAUGAAGUGGCAUAAUGCUUGGGAAUACAACUUGGGAAAGCAUUAAUGCAGAGAUUUUCGGACGGAGAAUGCAACAUUUAAGUUAAAUUAUUUAUGAUGGUUAGGUUCUAGAUAACGUAAGAGGAAGAAAUGUUUUUAUCAUUUAAUCGACAUGUCCUCCUGUAAAUGAGAAUCUAGUUGAAUUAUUUUUAUUUAUAAGUGCAUUAAGAAGAGCAUCUGUGAAGAAAAUAACAGUCAUCCUUCCUUAUUACGGAUAUUCAAGAUAGGACCAUAAAUUAGAGAAAACUUAAUCUAUAGCAGCUGCAGAUAUCGCUAGGAUGCUAGAAUAGACUGGAAUAGAUCAUCUUGUUUCAGUUGAUUUACAUCGAGGACAAAUUUAAGGUGCGUUUUCCACUAAUGUACCUGUAGACAAUAUAAGCCCAUACAUCACGCUCAUUCAUGAAUUUAACAAUAAUCCUUUAUAAUUAAGUCCGCCAAAUGAACUAACCUUAGUUUCUCCUGAUUUUAAUGGUGUAUCAAGGGCAAAGAAAGUUCAGGAUUAAUUAUCCAUUGCAUUCCCUAAUCUUAAGACAAGUAAGAAUAAAUCAGUAUCACUUAAAAGAACUGGCCAUGAUCUAUAAAUCUAAGCAUCCAGUGGCGGAAGCAGAAAUUAGUCUAGUCGGGGAAGUUAAUGGGAGAAAUUGCUUAAUAAUCGAUGAUAUAGUGGAUUCAGGAAGUACCCUGAGUAGAGCAGCUGAUAUCCUAAAAAGGGAAGGUGCUAAAACUGUGAUGGCAUAUGCUACUCAUCCAGUUUUUUCAGGAAGAGCUGCGUUAAAUUUAGGAAUUUCAAAUUUAUCAAAGAUUUAUGUAACUGACACUAUACAAGUCAAAGAAUUAGAUAAAUAAAUUUUACAAGACAAAUUGAGUGUUUUGAGUGUGGCACCUCUAUUAGCUGAGACGAUAUACAGACUUUAAAAAAGAGAGAGUUUGCAUGAGCUAUUGGGUGCACAUAAUAUUUGA